AUGUUGUUUUUCCUAUUUGUAUCAUACCAUUGGGACUGCAAGAGUCAAAGUAAAAAUGUGGAUUUACCUGCUGGCCGGUAUCUAAUCACUAUCCAAGGCGCAAGUGGUGGUCGAGCUUGCUUUUCUAAUAAACCUGCCGGAUAUGGCGGAAAUGGCACUUGGAUUCGAGGUAAUAUUGAUGUUAAAGGUGGCAUGACAGUGACUUUCAAUGUUGGCGAGAGUAAAGGAGCAAGUUGCAAUAGUCGCUCAACAGGCGGAUGGCCUGAUGGCGGCAACGGUGGUAAGGAUACAGGCUGGUGGGGAGCAGGACACGAUAACUCCGGAAGUGGAGGUGGUUCUACUGAAGUUAAAGUUGCAAAUACUGAUAUUACUAUCAUGCUUGCGGGCGGCGGUUCAGGAGGCUGUGGCAAACAUAAAGGAGGUGCUGCAGGCGGGGUUGGGUAUCAUAUUGGUUGGAUUAGUGAUACAACUCAAGUUCAAAUUCCAAGAAGCGGCUCUCUGAGAAAAGGAGGUCAGGGAGUAGAUUCAACGUAUACGCCUGGAGCUGGUGGAGGUGGUGGAUGGCGUGGAGGUCGAGGAGGUGAUUGGGCUGACACAAAUGAUUGGAAAGCUUGUGGCUAUGGCGGUUCUUCUUACAUUAACUACACCAUGGUUACAGAUGCUGGCCUUAAUGAUGGUACAGGAACAGAAUACACUGGAGAUGGAU